AUGAGCUGGAAGGGCUUGACCAAAGGCGUGACUAGGGCGCCACAAACCAUCAAGCAGCGCUUCAACAUCGGCGAGAUCACAAAGGAUGCCAUCUACAUUGAUGCCGAGCGUCGCUUUGCCGAGCUAGAGAAGGAAACCAAGAAGCUGCAUGAGGAGUCCAAGAAGUACUUUGAAGCUAUCAACGGCAUGCUCUCACAUCAGAUUGAGUUCUCCAAAGCCGUGGCGGAAAUCUACAAGCCCAUCUCCGGACGAAUGUCGGACCCCACCUCGUUCCACGACGAAGGAAACACGGCCGGCAUCGAAGCCUGCGAGCAGUACGAGCUGGUCGUGCGGGAACUACAAGAAACCCUGAAGCCUGAACUCGAGAUGAUAGAAUCACGAGUCAUCUCGCCCGCAAACCAGCUGCUCGAAAUCAUCAAAGCGGUACGGAAGCUGGGCGCCAAGCGCGACCACAAGCAGCUUGAUUACGACCGUCACCGAACCACGCUCAAGAAGCUGCAAGACAAAAAGGACAAGACCCUCAAAGAUGAAAAGGCAAUGUACCGCGCCGAAAACGAUGUCGAGCAGGCCACCCAGGAUUACAACUACUUCAACGAUCUCCUCAAGGACGAGCUGCCCAAGCUGUUCGCACUGGAGCGCGAGUUCAUUCAGCCCCUGUUCCAGUCAUUCUACUACAUGCAGCUGAACGUCUUCUACACAUUGCACGAGCGCAUGCAACGGCUUGACAUUGGCUACUUUGACUUGGAGUUGGACAUUGAGGCAGCCUACGAGAAGAAGCGCGGAGACACGCAGGCGGAAGCGGAAAAACUGUCGGUCGUCAAGUUCAAGACAACUGGCGGACGCACAGGGCCUGGAGGACGGCCUGGACAGUCAAAGUACGCAACGAAAGCUUUGGAGGCAAAGGCGGGCCGCGCAUCGAUAUCCGAAGACGCCGAGGCACCACCCCCAUACAGCGCCGGCCCAUCAAGCGCCGUGGCAGACGUCAAGUCACCAACACUCUCACAAGGCUCGUGGGGCUCUGCCGCAAAGGCAAAGGGCGCAGCACCACCACCGCCGAAGCCCAAGCCAUCACGUCUCAGUGGUAUGCCUGCCGCCGAGACCUGUACAGCCCUAUUCGACUUUGAAGCGCAAUCAGAAGGUGAUCUCAGCUUCCUCACCGGCGACAUCAUCGAGAUCAUCACACGGACGCAGAACGAGAACGAGUGGUGGACUGGCAAAGUCCGAGGCAAGCAAGGCCAGUUCCCAGGCAACUACGUGAAGCUGAAUUAG